UCUUCAACCCAGCUUCUUCUAAACAUUGGACUCUCACUGGUAUAUUUUUUUGGGACUGUCAUUAAUUGGCGGAUACUGGCUAUUAUAGUAUUCUAUAAAAGACAUAUACUAUAUAUACAAAUUGGUUUUACUUAAGUUCUGGUCCAGGUGCUCUUCCAUGUUUUAUUCAAGUGAUCGGUAUAUACUUUAUACCGGAAUCUCCAAGAUGGUUGGCUAAAGUCGGUUCAGGCAAAGAAGUAGAAAGUUCUUUGCAUCGACUUAGAGGAAAAGACACUGAUGUUUCAGGUGAAUCCGCUGAAAUUCAGGUUAUGACAAAAAUGCUUGAAGAAGAUUCAAAGUCCAGUUUCUGCGACAUGUUUCAGAAGAAGUAUAGACGAACUCUUGUGAUUGGAAUUGGUCUAAUGUUGAUACAACAGUUAUCUGGAGCUAGCGGUAUCACAUUUUACUCAAAUGCCAUAUUUAGAAAAGCUGGUUUUUCAGAGAGACUUGGGUCAAUGAUAUUUGGUGUCUUCGUGAUCCCAAAAGCUUUGAUUGGUAUGAUACUUGUGGAUAAAUGGGGAAGACGACCACUCCUAUUGGCUUCUGCUGUAGGAAUGUCCAUCGGGUCCUUGCUUAUUGGGGUUAGCUUCACGUUACAGGAAAUGAAUCUGCUUCCUGAACUGAUUCCAGCUUUAGUCUUCAUAAACAUUCUGGUCUACUUUGGAUUUUUUGCAAUCGGUAUAGGAGGGCUACCUUGGGUCAUUAUGUCUGAGAUAUUUCCAAUAAAUAUAAAAGUUUCAGCAGGGACAAUCGUCGCAUUAACAUCGUGGACCACUGGGUGGUUCGUGAGUUACGCUUUCAACUUUAUGUUUGAAUGGAGCGCUCAAGGAACAUUUUACAUAUUUGCGAUGGUUGGGGGAAUGUCAUUGAUUUUUAUUUGGAUGCUCGUCCCGGAGACCAAAGGACAGUCACUAGAAGAACUGCAAGCUUCGCUUACAGGGACAACCUAAAUAAACAUUAC